AUGGAAAUUACCAGCGUGCCGGGACAACAACUCAACAGGGAAUUUGAAGGAAAUCUUCGCCACAAGACGUCUCUUUCCAUCUCCGGAAGUGCCCAGACUAUUCUGUCCCCUCAAUUGACCUCGAAGUUUCUGAAGGCGGUGGCAAGAUCAAGUAAAGGCGGCUUUCCAACGCCUGCUCCAGAACUGCCUGACAGCAAGUCUCUGAAUCCGCCCACAUCAUCGCUAGCGCCUACCGUUCCUAGAAUGGCAAAAAUAGGCGCAAAUUUGCAACUCAGAAGAAAAAUCCGUACCCAGGAGCGUAACUUCGAUGUCCAAAUGGCCACAAUAUCUGUCAAUGACCAAGGGUUUCUCCGUCAAUACUAUGAAAAGGUCUUCCAGAAUUUACAGCAAACCAAUUGCCGGGUUAUUGCCAAAGCCUAUAUAAGACUCGUCGAGCCUCGCAAGAAAGCUCAAUAUCCCUACAAUGGAAGGAAGACCGUGGCAGGCAAAAUACAGCAAUUCAGUCCUGAAGAGACAAAACCGCCAUGGUGGCCACUUGGUGUGAGCCACCACGAACCCGACCACCUCCCUAAAGUUGAGCGCAUUAAGCUGCUCGUCCAUAUCCUUUGCGAAUUACGCGCCAGCCACAGAAUCACCGCGCAGAAGUUGAAAGAUGCAGGGCGGCCUGUUCAACUGCACAUUUCUCCGAUCGAACGAUUACAACUACUGGACGAAUUAUACCACGUUAGAGAGGAGGAGGAAAGAUUCCUGGAUUCAGCUAACGAGGUGCAGAUGGAAGUGCUAGAGUCGCGAUUUCGCAAGCAAACUUACCAAACCACAUGGAAGUUGCCUACGGACAAAAUUCUUGGGGUAUUGUGA